GCCGUGGCUGCCAGCGCUUGUGUACUAGUGGACCACUACACACACCUCUCCCAGGCCCCAGCUCCUUCACUUCUUGUCUAAACUACUUUACUAGGUUUAAAGGUCCUAUAGAAAAUACUCCGUCAACAUGAGUGAAUUCGAGCAGUCGACGAGGGACAGAGUGGUGGAGCUCCUGAAUACAGCUGCUUUUCUACCAUCUGAGAAGGAGAAGAUUGCAAACCUUGCUAAGGUUCAAGAACUCAUUAUUCACCAUAACCCUCAGCUCUUGGAUUCAUUCUUUGAGGAAGUUGCUGCUUUUCAAAAUGAUAGGAACUCGGAUGUUCGGAAAUUUGUGGUCGGAUUUAUUGAAGAGGCUUGCAAGAAAGAUGUGGCUAUGCUGCCACGAUUGGUUCCCAAUAUCCAGCUGCUGCUCAGUGACGAGGCAGUUGCUGUUGUGAAACGUGUCAUCCAGGCAGUUGCCCAGCUUCACCGAGCCACCCUGGCCUGGCUCUCUUCAGCACGCUCUACAUCGUCUGAGAUGGAGCAAGUUUGGCAAAUUAUCACACUAAUUAAAACUACAAUUAUCACCAUGAUUGAUCAUGAUAAUGAUGGGGUGAGGACACAGGCUAUUAAGUUUCUUGAGGCACUGGUACUUCUACAGACGUACACAGAAUCUGAUUCAAUAACGCGUGAUGGAGAAUUCAAUUUGGAUCAGGUUCCUCUCACUCUCAAAGUUGCACGACCCAGGAAACUGGAGGAGGAAGCACGGAUGGUGCUGAACAAGUUGUUAGGCUUUCAAGGAUCUAUUCACAUCAGCUCGGUGAACUUAAUGACCUGCAUGUCAUCGCUCACCAUCAUUGCUCGAGCACGGCCCCAGUUCCUUGGCAAAAUUAUCAAUGCCCUGGAAAUUCUGCAUGCCAAUCUCCCACCAACACUAACGAAGUCACAAGUGAACAGUGUCAGAAAGCAUUUGAAGAUCCAGAUGCUGAACUUACUGAAGCACCCAGCCUCCUAUGACUAUCAUGAAAAUAUUACCACAGUUCUUAAUGAUCUGGGAAUUACAGCUUCUGAGGUCAACAAAUCGAUGCCAUCUAAAGAAAUGAUUCGGAAGAGAGUGAGGAGGGAUAAAAUGGGUGAAGAAGUAUCCGAGUCGACAAGUAAAAAACCACGAAUAGAAAAAGACGAAAAGAAAAGCAAACCUGAAGAAGUUGUAGAGAAGAACUCGGCUGUAGACAUAACUCAGCGGUGGUUAGUGGAGAAGUUGUCUGCAGAAACAGUUGCCAACUUGGUUAUGGUCACAAUGCUGAAUCUACCCGAAGAGAUGCCAGCAGUGUUCAGUGUUGGGUACAGCCCUAUCACAGCAGCCGGGACACCAACACAGAUACAGCACGUGGCCCGACUCAUAGCAUCUCAGCUGACCGCAGCAGGUGUUGGACCUGGGGUGGAACAAACCAAGGAAGAUGAGGUACAGCCGGGAUAUGAGAGUGAUGAAGAGAGCAAGAUAUCACGUUUAGUGGGUGGCCAAGUGAUGGCACCUGAAGAUUUAAUACAGUCCGGGCCAGUGUUGGUUCCAGCUGGUGUGGCUGGCCGUGCUAUGAGGCUAAAGGUGAAGACUAUGAAGUUGGGUGAGGUUACUAAGCCAUUAUCUGCUGCGGCCAACACCAAGAUGCAACAAUUACUGCUCCUUCGGCUCUUGCGCUGCGAAAAGAUGAUGACACAUGACAAUGCAUCAAGGCAUCGGACAAGAAUUCUUACAGUACUCUCAGGAUGUAUGUCGACUAAAGAAUGUGAAGAACUUGAAGACUUUAUUGUGGAGGACUUGCACAAACGUGCCGACCUUCUUUUCUCCUGGCUCUAUUCCGAAUAUUCAUCAGAUCAUGACUUUUCACACAUAAACAAAAUUUUCAAUACAGAUACUACAACUGAAAACAAGAAGGACAAGAGUUACUCAGAUAUUAUAAGCAGUAUUGUGAUGAAAGUUUUGAGUAAAGAUGCUUCUAAAGAUAGGGAUGAGUUUCUAUCACGAUUGUUCCUAGAGUGCCCAAAUGUACCAGAGGACUUGAUUACCUCCCUAUUGUGGGUUGGAAGUCAAGGUUCUGAGUCCAUAGUUGUGGUUGCCAACAUACUGAAAGACACAGCCCAGUGGCGUCCGUUGUCAUCAAAGCCAGCUCUUAAAACACUCUCUCUCCUUGCCACACAUGAUCAAGAGUCAGUACGUGACCUAGUGACACCAAUAAUUCUAGAGUUAUGUGAGCAAGAGAACCUGCGUGAUAUUGUGACAGAAGCCGCAGUCAAGUACCUUAAAUAUCUUUACCUGGAGAUUCCGCCAGAAUCUCUCUGUACACAGAAUUUAGGCAGACCAAAUCAUCCCAGUGAAUGGACAGAGUCAACAGUUAAAGCUUGUCUGUACCUGUAUCUUGUUCUACUACCUCUCAAUCAGUCUUUAAUUCAUGAUUUGGCCCAGGUGUAUGUGAAGACUGUGAAUGAAGCAAAACGCUCGAUCCUAAGAUUGCUAGAAGGUCCCAUUCGACACAUGGGUAUGGAAUCUCCACAACUCCUAACACUGGUAGAGACUUGUCCUAAAGGUGGUGAAACACUCAUCACCAGAAUCAUCCAUAUUCUCACAGAAAAAGCUCCACCAAGUGAGGCCCUGGUGUGCCGUGUUCGCGAACUUUAUAAUCGCCGUGUCUCUGACGUUCGGUUUCUUAUUCCUGUUCUGACGGGCCUAAGUAAAAAGGAGGUGAUUGCUGUUCUUCCCAAACUUAUUAAGCUCAACCCACAUGUUGUGAAAGAGGUGUUCAACAGGCUGUGGGGUGUGACGCUAGAUACGGGGGCAUCACCACUGACCCCUGUUGAUUUGCUGGUAUCCCUUCACCUAAUUGAUAGUGACAAAUGUGAUGUAAAGACUGUUAUUAAAGCCACUGGAUUAUGUUUUGCCGAGCGUAGCAUCUACACAGCUGAAGUGCUGGCAUUUGUUCUCCAACAGCUGAUGGAGCAGCCAAAUUUGCCAACGUUGUUUAUGAGAACUGUUAUUCAGACACUAACUCACUACCCAAAGUUGCUUGGUUUCAUAAUGAAUGUUCUUCAACGACUUAUUUCGAGGCAGGUGUGGAAGCAGCGGAAAGUGUGGGAAGGGUUCAUCAAGUGUUGUCAGCGUGCUGGGACACAAAGCUUCACAGUGCUCUUGCAGUUACCUCCAGCACAACUUGCUGAUGUUUUCACAAGUGCCUCUGAUCUCCAUACACGCUUGAUUUCACACAUAGCUACCCUUACUGAAAAUCAGAAAGCUCAUAUACCAGCAGACUUGCUUGAAGUAAUUGAGGGCCACAAGUCGUCUGAACCAAAUCUGUCCGUCUCAAGUGAUCCUUUGACGACCUCACAAGAAGUAGGAAUGAUUUCAGAAUAGCUUUGUAGAUAGUUAUGGAGCACAAUAUGGUAUUCCAUGUUAGUGCUGUAAAUUAUAUAUUUCAUUAAAAAUAAAGUGUAUCCUGUCAUAACAUGAUGUAUGGCACAAUGUACAUAAAUUUUGUUGUACAUGUGGUAUAAUUACUUAUUCUGGCAUUGUUUUCAUGAGAGUGACUUCAGUGUUGUGUAACGGUGUUUAUAAAUUCUGUGUGUUUUUGUACUGUACAAAUUUUUCUCUAUAAUUAUCUUGGACAUAGAUAUGUUUGGUCUUUUAUACUAUAUUAUCAUUAAAACUAAAAUCUCU